CCUACAUUCGUAGCGUUUACUUACUCAUGAACAAAGUACCAAUUCAGUUAUUCGCGGUGAUCAGGUGUAUAUUACAGUAAUGAAAGAAAAUGAAAAAUACAAAGGGUGUUUUUUGUAGCAGCGCUGUGCUUAUUUUUACAACUUUUACCUCAUAUUUCACAGUUUCAUACUCUUUACCUCCUCCAUUGAUUGAAUCCAGAGACCUGAUAUUCAAUAAUACUGACAAUGACGGUUCUUGUCUCAAACCGCAUUCAACACCAGACAAAUCCAUCACAUACAAAUGCAAUGAAGAGUAUUCGGAAUAUUGUACAUUUGGCAGAAUCGUUCCUGAACAUACUGCACUAAAAAUUUCGUGUAACCCGGGAUAUUUUUCAUUGAAUGGUGACAGCAAUGAAACCAUAUCAGUUUGCAUCGAAAACAAAUGGAUUCCUGCGCAUACUGGAUGUCACAAAAUGUGCGACAGAUUAUACUCCAAUUAUAUGAACGUCCAUCUCGAGUGCUUUCAAGCAAACAAAUCUAUUCCAUGUGGAGAGUAUUCCUUAACACCUGGCGCGAGAGUUCGCUCUUCUUGCAAACUGGCACAUAGAUAUGAAAAUUACAAGAGCACUUAUCAAGAAAUCAACUGUGGAGAAGAUGGGAAAUGGGAUGCUGCUCUGAUUCCUUGCAUACCUGGUUGCGAGAAACCCCCAGGAAGCCAUUUUGAGGCACCAUGGCAUGCUGUGAUCUUGCAUAAUGAUGCUGAAUCAGUUGAAAUAUGUUCUGGCACCAUCAUAAGUCCUCGGCUGAUUCUAACAUUGGAAUUCUGCAUACAAGUGCAUGAUCAAAUGUCGAAGCAACUCACACUCACAGCAGAUGCUAAUGCAACGCAUUAUUCACUUAUAGUGACCAGAUUCCCCAAGUACCAACGAUUGUAUGAGAUAGCCGAAUUUCGAUAUUUCAACCAAGCCAAAUACGUGUAUAAUGUUAGCCGCUAUCAAACGCCAAUGAUCGUUGUUCUGAAAGAAGAAUUGGAAUUCAAUUCAUUUGUUUCACCAGCUAAUAUUCAAUGGGAGAAUCCUAGUAGACUAGAAAUGUGGAAUGGAACAGUAAAGGUAUCCACAAUGAAGGAUCAAUCAGUAAAAAAAGGGUCCAGUAAUCUUUACGCCGAUAUAUAUCUUGGAAGACCAACCUCCUACAACAUCAAUUUCUCAAGCCAUAUUGCGUGUAAAGAGAGAUGGACGUAUCCAUAUUUUGCCCUUUUUUGGGUAUCCUUUUUAGCAAGUAAAACUAGACAAGCAGACAACUACUCUUUUUUGUCGGAUGAAAAUCUAAUGUGUCUGGAGUAUGAGAAUGAUAUAAACUAUGUUGUUGGAAGUGGCGUUAUAGUUGAAGAAAAUAACUGCUAUUUUAUGAGAGGAAUUAUGGGUGUUCCAUUCGACCUACCGAAAUUUAUUCAAAAUAUCUAUAAAAUUCCAUUGUGGAAUAACCCGCCAGUAAAACCAUCUCUGGACUGUGAUAAAGAAAUCCCUCCAGAAUUUUCCAAGUUUGCGCAAAAUGCGAAAUUUUGGUGCGACUUGAUUAGUCGUUUGCAAAAAUUACAAAAAACAACUGGAAAUAGACCCGAGAUACCGCGGAAUUUUGCUGCAUCGAUUGAUAUAGCUGGCUAUAUCGACUGGAUUAAGAAGGUACGAGAUGAAACUAAUAACCAAUAAUUCAGUAGGUAAUAUAUUAAGGAGGCUUCCAACUCAGAAUGUGUCAAUUGGGUAUGAUCAAAAUCUGAGAUAGGUUCCUACGUAUAAACGUUUUUCUUCAUCGAUCCUACAAUACAGAGAUUUUUAUUCAUAUUAGGCCCUACGAGUACGAGUAGGUACAAAUUACGCCGUUUGUGUUAUUUUAGUAUUCGUCAAUAAGAUUUUAUUAAUCAUCUACGUACUUAUUAUACUUAUAAAUGAAUUCAAUAAUCCACCUUGUUUUCAUAUCUAAUAAAGAGCAAUUGAAAACUAAA